UAAAUUUUGAAUCAGAAUCCAUCAGAAUCCGACAGGACACGCCGUCAAGCAAGGUUUUUGGAUAUUUUCUGAAUGAAUUCAUGCUUUUCGCUGUAAUUUGCGGAGCAUUUCAAUUUGUGCGUUAAUAUAAAAAGUGAAUCAUCAUGCCUCACAGCAUCUACUACUCGGAUAAAUAUUAUGACGACAAAUACGAAUACAGGCACGUGGUACUCCCGAAAGAGUUAGAGAAACUGGUGCCAAGAGGUCAUUUAUUGAGUGAACAAGAAUGGAGAGCCAUUGGAGUUCAGCAAAGCCAAGGUUGGGUUCAUUACAUGACCCACAAGCCAGAACCACACAUUCUUCUAUUUAAGAGAAAAAUCACAUCUCCGCCACCUGAGCAGUGAUCGCUACCGAAAAAUGGCUCCACUGUGCACGUGAUGUUUUAAUGUAAUGUCAGAUCAUGUUACUCUCCUCAAAAGAGCUCAGCUAAAGAUGGUAACGCGUCAGUUUAUUUAUAAACCAUAAAUUAUUGGUAUCCUGGUUAACCAAUUAGACGACUAAUAGAUUAAAUUAUAUUAAGGCGAGUACAUUAUUUGAGUUUGUCAAUAAUGUACGGGGAAUUAGGGGAUAAGAUAGUUUAAUUAAAACUCAAUCAAGCUCUCUUUUUACGGGUGAACAAGGAAAGCUUGGCUUGGAUUGCUCACCUUUCUUCAGCUGAGUUCUUUUCACGUCUUAUCUUAUUGCGAGAUAUAAUUUGCAACCAGAUAAUUGAUUAUUGAGAGUCUGUAUAUAUGUUAAUAGAUUAUUAUUUUGAUUGUAAUCACGUCUGACGGAUGAAUAUUGAUGAAAUUAAUUUGUAGGAGGUACUAGAAUCAACCCACGGACAUUAUUAAAUUUCUGGCAAGCCUGAAAGGUUUCAGUAUUACGAUUUCUUUGCCAGGUGCCCUCGCGAUCGAUUCCAAAUUUUGUCCUUAGUUGAGAAAAAAUGCUUUUAAAUAUCAAAUUUAAUCAUACUAUCAUCACUUUUUCUAUCUCACUACUUAUUAGUCCCAAGCUUUAGACUCUGCGCGAGCAAAUAUGCUCAAACUGUGUGUUUUUGGAAGCAAUUUGGAAGAUUUAGGGUUGGAGUUCGAAUAACUUCUGUACUUUAUUUUUUACGAUGGUAUGUAUUUUUGUAUUUUAAAUAACCCCCAAAAAUAAAUUUGUGUUUUUUAG